UCUAAAAAAAAUUACGUGGUGCUUCUAUAUAGUCGUAAUGUCCCAUAUACAGACUGGUGGUAUGAAUGUUACCAUGUCAAGUGCUUACAUGAGUAUGUAACUGAAAAAUGGUUGCAAACUUUAUACACUGACAGUUUUAAAAAAUCAAAGAAUACUUGAUUUUAAUUUCUUGUUCAAUGACACCUGUCUUUAUUCAGUGGUCCUACGGAGUGACAAUGUGGGAGAUUUUCACUUGUGGGAGGGUCCCAUACGCUGGAAUACAAGCCAUCGGUCUCUUUAAGGGGCUAAAGAGAGGAGAGAGACUGGAGAAACCUGACAACAAGGCCUGCCAUGAUGACAUAUAUGAUGUGAUGUUCUCCUGCUGGGAAAUGGAAGCUGGUGAACGUCCACAGUUCUCUGACUUGGUUGUCACAGUGAAUGACCUCCUGGAAAGAGAUGCUUGCUACAUGGAGCUCUCU